UCCUGGCGAGUGGUGGUGAUCCGUACGCGUACCCACGACACCGUCACCGACGCUUGCGAGCGCACACGCGCACACACGUACAGGUGUCGUCGUCUAUAUCGCUGGCGACGCGCACAAGCGCACGCCGUGCACCGCUGUCGAGUCCGAAAUUCGCGUCCGACACCUCGUCGAUCAGUGCCACCGUCACAAUUUCAGAGAGGUUUUUAAAACAUUGUACUUAAACGGAUCUAUCAAGUUUAUACUUCAUAAGAAUGAAGUAAUACAUACAAUAACAAACAAAAUGAGCUUCUUUUCGUCACUUCAUCAAAUUGUCACCAGUAGUGUGGCAAACUUGAACUUAAGUCCAAAGCGAUUUUCGCUAUCCAAAGAAUCGGGACCAGAUGGAGACGAUGCGGCUGCAGCUGUGGUGGCUGCAUCUACAGYYACGUCCAGUCGUUCAGCAAGUACAGGCAGUGUUAGUGGUAUACCUCGAAUCGUGACACCUCAAGGUAAUGGUGGCAGUUGUGCCAGGUCAUCAGGGCCCAGGCGAACCGGGUCAUUCAGACAAAUAUCUCAACCCAGGAAUCCGCUGGCUUUCUGUAGGCGUAGAAAUUCAUGGCCUGAAAUCGACCAAACCGCAUCAUCGGGUGUACAUGAUACGGAUGGUUCGUUUUUUGAGAAAUAUAGCAGCUUACAAUGGAAAUUGGAUCAAAGACGAUUGCAAAUGAUCAAAGACAGUCGGCAAGAUGAGUGCCCACCACCCGAACACAGUGUUGGAGUGAUACCACCACCUGUCUCUAGUAUUCAACCAAAAGAGAUGGAAAACUUAUACAUGGAUGUCUUGUAUACAAUAAAGUACAAAGUUGGCGCUGAUACAGAACUGAGUGCACAUCGAGAUCAACUUUACGUUUACGCACAAAAAGCAUUCGAUGUCACACCCGAGCAGCACAGGCGUUACAUGGCCAUCGUGCACGAGGAAAAACCUCCCAUAGUGGUGCUUCAUGUGACGGUGGUUGAAGCUGAAGGCCUGGAGGCGAAAGACGCUAAUGGUUAUAGCGAUCCGUAUUGUCUACUGGGACUGAUGAGGAGAACAGACGAAACCACUACCCGACUGGCCGAGGGGUCGGCUGAAGAAUGUUCCACCGUACUAUCGCCGGUCGCUCUCAUGGCUGGCAUUAUCGGAUUCAGCGACCCUUACUGCAUGCUCGGUAUCCAACCGGGUAUGGUGUCCCCGCAACCCGGAGCGGGUCUGCCACCAUCGCCGGCCAACAGCCCUUCGCCGUACCAGCCACCGUUAUCGCCACGGCCUGCGCACGCCACUGCCCGCACGCUGUCCGAGGGCGGAAUCGACUUGCCGGAUGGCCGACACGAUCAUCACGACAAACUUCGCAAACACCACAGUUUUCGGUUGAGUUUCAAGAGAAAAGAAAGAGGUGGAGGUUCCGGAGGUAGUGUUUAUGGUUGUCGAGAACACCGGGACAGCAUAUCGGCUGUUCCCGCACGGUUCAUCCAAGCAACCAGCGUACGCAGAGAGACACUCAAUCCGAAAUGGGGUGAAAAUUUCAUGUUUGACAUCGAUGACGUGACCAGUGACAUCUUACACUUGGACAUAUGGGACCACGAUGACGAGUCAUCGGUGCUGGACGCUGUGAGCAAAUUGAAYGAAGUGCGGGGCGUCAAGGGUCUAGGGAGGUUUUUCAAGCAGAUCGCUCAGAGCGCUAGAUCCGGUAGCCAAGACGAUUUCUUGGGUUGCAUAAAUAUACCGAUUCAAGAUGUGCCUUCUACGGGCCUAGACAAAUGGUAUCAGCUAGAAGCUCGGUCGCAGCGGUCCAACAUCCAAGGAAAUAUACGRCUGAAACUGUGGUUGUCCACUCGCGAAGAUCACGGCCAGGCGAGUGUGCAAAAUCAUUUCGACAACUGGACCGACGUGCGUCGAAACGAAAGGCUAUUGACCAUAUUUGCCGAUUACGAGAUGUCACUGACAAAAUCCAGCCUGUGGAAUGGUGAACUCUGUCACGAGGCGACAAGCAUACUUCAUCAGCACGCCGUGCAGAGCGGUGUCUCGGAACUUCAAUUGGCCGUGAUAAGAUGGUUGGCCUUCAGCCACAUACCGUCUAUAGACCCACAAUUUCUCUUGAAACAGUUGUCUCAAUUAGAAGCCGCUUGGGGAGAACAAACGUUAACCGUCGAAGAGGAGGAUUGGCUUGCCGACUCUUUCAACGUUUUCUUAGACUAUUCCAUGCAACUGAUUCGGAAAUACCGCAAACUCUUUCCACCGUACCAUCACGUAUCGAUGAACCGUCUGGAGUAUAUUCUAAGAUGUUUGAGCCGACUGUCGUUGUCAAAAGCGUACGGUAAAUGUUGUCCUUUUAAUAAGGAUAUCCGUGGGGAAAUCRGCAACGCGCUCAGACUUGGUACAAAUGAGUGGUACGAAGAAAAUAGAAAAUUCAUGACCUCCGGACAGCACGAUCCAGAAACUCGACUCAAAGGAUUCGUAAAACUAGUCACUUCCGUGUUGAUUGAUCUGCAAAAAGGCGUGGAACAUUACAACGUUUUAUUUGAAAAUAUAAACGGAGUGUUUUACUAUGCGGCGAUCUACAAACAACACGAAAAAUUAUUGGCAAAGGGAUUUUCAAAUCAUUUGGACAUAAUCAUAGAGCUGUCAAACGAUCUGAGCCAAGAAAUAGCUCCCAUUUGUAAAAAAGUAAAAGGAGCCGAUUUCGGUAUGGACACACCACUAUCUCCGACAAACUCCGAAACCGGGGAAUCGCUGUUUGAGCUGUAUCUAGCCGUUCAGGAAUUUAUCAGGUACCGCGAGCAUCUCAAUGCGUCCGAUUACCAAGGCCUGUCAACACAAUGCUAUUACCAUUGGUUCGAACCCGCUUUGGAAAAGUGGUUGGAUCUGGCCAAAUUGAAAAUCGUUCAACGUGCGAAAAAAGCACUAGAGUUGAGUACGAUCUGUCAAGGCGAAAUGAUCGUAAAGCACUCGACGUCGAGCAACGACGUGGURACAGCACUGUGUCACAUGAAGGAAUUCUGGAAACACCUCGCCUGGCCGGACCUGAUCCAGUCGUACAAUUUCGUAUUGAAAUUACUAGACGCCAUGUGCGAAGCGGUCCUGUUUUACGCCCAACUGGUCCAUCAAAGGCUAAAAGAUUCUGGCUUUUACGAUGACGUUUCGGCGUUCAAAACAUCCGAUGAAAUGCAAGCACCCCUGAAGAAGUGUAUUUUCCACCUGGCGUGGUCACCGGAUACACUGCCGACAACCGACGCCAUCGUCCCGUUGCAGGAGUAUCUGGAUAGCCAUCUGAUCUCACUCAACAUGAACCUCAUACCAAAAAACUUCCACAAAGUGUUGAACGGCGUGUGGGAAGUGACAGUCUACGAGCUGGGCCACCAGAUGGACGGUGGCAGUGGUGACACAAAGAUGUCCGGUUUCUACGAAAGGCUGUACGAAGCUUUGGAACUGCUCGUAGAGUUCUUUCACGCCGAAGGCAAYGGGCUUCCGCCGGAAAUUUUGACCGGAAACGUUUACAGGGCCGUGAAGCAGAGACUAAAACUGCACAAAACCGACACUGACACGUUGAUUGAACUGUACUACGAAGAUCGGUUGAUGGAACAGCAGAGGGUGAARGAAGCAAACUAUGGUGUGCUGUCAGUGCGAGCGUACUUCCAUCACGAUUCUCUGUGUGUGGAGGUGCUGAAAGCCCGUGACGUCAUACCACUAGACCCGAACGGUAAUCGUCAUUUUACCAUUCACAUCUAA